CAUGUGAUCGGCGCGGACGCUCCACCACCGGGAUGGAGGAGGACGAGGAAGCUCGCGCGUUGCUGCCCGGCGGCGGCGGCGACAGUGGAGACCCAGAUGUCCGCGCACCGCUGCCCGCGCUCUGCGACCCAAGCCGCCUGGCACACCGAAUGUUGGUGCUGCUGCUCAUGUGCUUCCUCGGCUUCGGUAGCUAUUUUUGCUAUGAUAACCCUGCAACCCUCCAGACCCAGGUGAAGCGGGACAUGCAGGUGAACACCACCAAGUUCAUGCUGCUCUACGCCUGGUAUUCUUGGCCCAAUGUGGUUUUGUGUUUCUUCGGUGGCUUUUUGAUAGACCGAGUAUUUGGAAUACGAUGGGGCACCAUUAUCUUUAGCUGCUUUGUUUGUGCUGGACAGGUUAUUUUUGCGCUGGGUGGAAUAUUUAAUGCUUUUUGGUUGAUGGAAUUGGGAAGAUUUGUGUUUGGGAUCGGUGGUGAGUCCCUUGCAGUGGCCCAGAACACGUACGCUGUGAGCUGGUUCAAAGGCAAGGAGUUAAACCUGGUGUUUGGCCUCCAGCUCAGUAUGGCAAGAGUCGGCAGCACUGUCAACAUGAACAUCAUGGGGUGGCUGUACUCAAAGAUGGAGGCGGCUCUGGGCUCUGUGGGCCCCACCACCCUCGGGGUCACGCUUCUGAUUGGGGGCAUCACUUGCAUUCUCUCAUUUGUCUGUGCCUUGGCACUUGCCUACUUGGACCAGAGAGCAGAAAGAAUUCUGCACAAAGAGCAAGGCAAAACAGGUGAGGUCAUCAAGCUGACGGAUGUGAAGGACUUUUCCCUGCCACUCUGGCUCAUCUUCCUCAUCUGUGUCUGCUACUACGUGGCCAUCUUCCCUUUCAUCGGCCUUGGGACAGUUUUUUUCAUAGAAAAAUUUGGCUUUUCCUCCCAGGCUGCCAGUGCUAUUAACAGCAUCGUCUACGUCAUCUCUGCCUUUUUGUCACCCGUGUUUGGCCUCCUGGUGGACAAGACAGGGAGGAACAUCGUGUGGGUUCUAUGCGCCGUGGCCACCACGCAAGCUGCACAUGUGAUGCUUGCACUGACUCUGUGGAACCCCUGGAUCGCCAUGAGCCUUCUGGGUAUCUCAUACUCCUUACUGGCCUGUGCCUUGUGGCCCAUGGUGGCCUUCGUGGUCCCGGAGCAUCAGCUGGGAACGGCAUACGGCUUCAUGCAGUCCAUCCAGAACCUUGGCCUGGCUGUCACCGCCAUCCUGGCCGGCCUCAUCCUGGACUCUCAAGGAUACCUGUAUCUGGAGCUUUUCUUUAUCUCCUGUGUUUCAGUGUCGUUGCUGGCUGUGGUCUUCCUCUACAUGGUGAACCAUGCCCGAGGUGGAAAUUUAAAUUUUUCUGCAAAACAAAGGGAAGAAAUGAAACUAUCACAUACAGAAUGAGGAUGUGAGUGUCUAUCUGGAGGCUGCACUUGGCUGAUAUGAGAAGGUGGAGUUUCGUCAUUUGGAAAGUUCCUUGUAGUUUGUACCAAUUUCCAUGUCUAUCUGUCAGGACUGUUUUUUAC